AUGGGAAGUGUCAUCCUUUUUCUGCUCAUCUCUUCUUUCUCGUAUUCCAUUGCUCAAGUAGUAUACAACCAUGUCCGUCGUUUCUUUCUCCGUCAAAUCUAUUUUUCCCUCCUGCCCCGGUGGCUUGGUGGAUGUCUUCGAAUGUCAAGAUACUGCGGAUUGCUGAUGAUUAUUUAUGUCAACGCCAAUGUAUGCCUGCUUGUCGUUGACAUGAAAGAUGGCUCUGACUUCACACGAAGACUUGGAAGAGCUGCAUUGAUAAACCUCGUCCCUCUUUGUGCGGGUGGCCGAUUCAACCAAAUCGCACAUGUUCUUUCAAGUCGGCCAGAUAACUAUCUCACUUUGCAUAAAUGCAUCGGUCUGGUUUUCAUCAUUGAAGCUUCUCUACACUCCAUUCUCUCAUGGCUGCUGGAUGGUUUUUCCAAACCCUUGGCUCUUAGAAGCUUUAGUGGUACUAACAAUUUGAAGGCUGCCAGCUCAGUUGGUGCACUCGUAUUAUUGUCAAUUCCUGUUCUAUGGAAAUGGAUGUACGAGCCUUUAUCAAUAUUACACCUCGCUCUUUCAGUCACAAUGAUCACUAGUCUCUGGUUUCAUCUACCAUCAGCAAGCAUAACACAGAUCCCUAGGCUCUACCUUAUUCUCGCAAUAUCGAUCUUUGCGUUGAUCAAGUUAAUCUUCUUUUUGAAACUCCUUUUUCUCAACGUCUCAACCGAACUUAUUUCUACCGCUACUAUUCAGCAGGUUGGGGAGAAUGGCAUAGAAGUCCGGGUGACUAUGCCGCGACCCCUGAGGUUUCGUGCCGGCCAGUUCGUGUUCUUAAGUAUUCCACGACUUGCCUUGUUCCAAUAUCAUCCUUUCCAAGUGGCCUGGGAGUACCUAAGUGACAAAAGUGAUGGCGGACGACAGGUAAUUGUGAUUAUCAUCCAGCCUCGUCAUGGUUUCACUAGUCGACUUCGUCUGGCGGUUCCUUUCAAAAGAUACACAGCCCUUGUAGAAGGGCCAUACGGAAACCCUACCAAACUUGAUCAAUACGGAACUGUUUUACUCUUCGCUACAGGGAUUGGCAUUGCGGGGCAACUGCCAUAUAUGAAUGAGCAACUACGAUUGUAUAGAGAAUGGCGAACGAAAACCCGGAGACAUGUGCUGUAUUGGGAAAUUGAUGCCGAAGAAUAUAGGUACUGGGUAAACGAAUGGAUCAACGAGAUCCUGUCAUGGAAUAUCGAUUACGUUAGUAUCACCCAGCCAGGUCGUUGA